CUGAAUUUUUGCGCUACCGGGAUCGCUGAAGACCUUUAAUUACCAUCUUAGGCCCAUGCGUUUUGUUCUGGCGAGGGAUCGACUGAGUCGAGAUCAGUCACUGGCACCAUCCAACCCCAUGGGUCUCAACGCCGCGGUCGAUGGAGGCAGGAAUUUGAAAUUCAUUCGAAUGUAAGUAGCCCCAAGGCACAUGCUGAGCUAUCGUCGCUCCGAGUAGUUGGCGACGCCGUAAUACCAAAUAAACUUCAUUGUCACCCUUUGGAGUAGAUAGGUGCUUGAGUUGCCCCCACCAACAACAACAAGCAAAACCAAUCACUUUCUGCUCUUGACCUCGUUGGUGCCCAGAUAGGUACCAUAGUUAGUCAAGGCCAGUCAGUCAAUCAAGACGAAGGAAGGCGUAGGUACGGGAAGUUCUGGAUCGUUUCUCGGUCGGUUGUAGGAAACGGUCAAUUCAAUAACCAGAAGAUCCAAAUCAACAAUAACAAACCACUUGUGGAGUCAGCCGUUUCUUCCCAUCGGCGUCAGUCAAUAAGCUCCGCUAGGGUAUAUACCCCCAUCCGACUCAACUCACAAAAAGUUGGAGACUACAGUUCUGAUCCGAUCAAGUCCAAGUCAGGCCCAGACUAGCUUUUUAAUCACUCAAUUCCACCGCCUGCGACAAUGACGACCUCGACGGCGCAACCAAUGGAUGUGAGCGUUCAGAUGACGAAUGCUUACUCUCCUCCGGGAGAACGACAGUUCCAGAAACCCGCCAUGUCGACCCCGGGAACCACUUGCAGCUCGGAAGCAUCAGAACCAUCCACAAUGGGAAGCAGUUUUGGAGCCUCCAACACCAUGACGAACUAUUCGAGCUCUAACUCGACAACCACUAGUCCGCAACACAUGGGUAGCAUCACCAACAACAAUACCAACAACACACCUCGGAAUAGCGCCAGCAAUAAUAACUUGACGGGAAACCGAAGAUCCAUCCGCUUGUCGCUACCCUCCCCAUCCCGGCCGCGGCUCGACCCUCAGUAUGCGGCUCGGUUGGCCAAGCCCGCCAUUCGAAGAAUGUCGCCAUCCAAUGGUCUCAUUCCACCGCCGGGAAUCACGCGGGAUAAAAAUGAAGCCAUCUUUCGACCAACACCCAUUCUUUCCGGUACCACUGCUGAUUUCAUACCCAACACGAACAGCUAUUCCGAGAAUACCGGUACUACUGCAAGUCCUAUUCAGCGAGGUAGCAGUGCCAAGUACUUUUUCCAUCAUUCGCCUCCCAAUCGAUUCUCAUCCUCAAGCCAGAACAGUGCCAGCAGUAACUUUGCGGGAUACUUGUCCGGAGGGUCGCCCUCGUCGUCCGUCACGUCAUCCACCACGAGCAAUGCCACCUCCCGAUCUUAUUCCAGACGGUCUUCUACGGCAUCAUCGUCGCUGUCGGACAUUGGUGCCUCGGAUCGAUUCAUCCCUUCCAGAGCCACUUCCAACUUUGGAGGGGUCAAUCUCUGGGAAGGAAUCAUUGCGGCUCGGCGGUCGUCUGGUAGUGAUCACAGUAGCAACGGCAGCAAUCCACAUUCACAUCAGCAUCAGCAUCAUCAUCAUCACCACCACCACCAUCAUCAUCAUCAUGCCUCGCAUAACAGCAAUGCUGGUGGGGGCAAUCUCAACGGUGCGGCUCCGGAUGAUACCAGUGGGGCAGGAGCGGCCGGUCAAAUUGCCAACGCGGAUGGAUCGGAUCCUUCUGCUGCAGAAGGUGCUGCCAGUCCGAAUGGCCGAUCCAGUGAUGGAAGUGCUUCGUCACAGCCCAAUCUACUCAAUGUCCUCCUACGGUCCGAGUUGUUGGGGGAGAACAUGAACCCCUUUGCGAGUACGUCAUCUUCCUCUCCGGCGCAAUCAUCAUCUCAGCAUUACAGCAACAUACAGCAACAACAGCAAUCAUCCCAUCCGUUGGAACCUCUUCGAGAAGGCGGCAAUCACUUGCACUUUCAAAGUCCACGACAGCUCUACCAGAGCAAUGUGCUGGACAAUGACACUACACUGUAUUCGGGACCCACAUCUGUCGUUAAUGCAUUCUCACUGACACCCGUCCGAAGUGCUGCCAGUCAACGACUCAUGGCUGCGCCGCAAAAGCGAAAACGACGCAUCUCCAAAGUACCCUUCAAGGUACUGGAUGCACCCGCCUUGCAGGAUGACUUUUACUUGAAUCUUGUUGAUUGGUCGUCCCAGAAUGUACUGGCGGUUGGAUUGGGAUCGUGCGUCUAUCUAUGGAGUGCCUGUACUUCCAAGGUUACCAAGUUGUGCGAUUUGGCACAAUCCGAAGAUAUCGUCACGUCGGUUUCCUGGGCGCAACGAGGAACGCAUCUGGCAGUGGGGACCAAUCGUGGUGAAGUCUUGUUGUGGGAUACCAUCAAGUGCAAAAAGGUUCGCACCAUGGCUGGUCAUUCGGCCCGUGUCGGGACCUUGGCUUGGACAGGACCCGUACUGGCUAGUGGAAGUCGAGAUCGCUUGAUUUACUUGCGAGAUGUUCGAGUGCAAGCUUCCUUCACCGACAGAUUGGCAGCACACAAGCAAGAAGUCUGUGGACUUCGCUGGUCUUUUGACGAACCGUCCUUUUUGGCGUCGGGAGGGAAUGAUAAUCAGCUGCAUGUAGUGGACAGUCGUAAUCCGACUCAACCAGUGCAGCGGUUCUCGGAUCAUACGGCGGCAGUCAAAGCCAUUGCGUGGUCUCCUCAUCAACACGGUCUCUUGGCUAGCGGUGGUGGUACUGCUGACCGGUGCAUUCGCUUUUGGAAUACACUGAGUGGCACCAGCCUCAGUUGCGUCGAUACGGGAAGUCAGGUCUGCAAUCUGGCGUGGUCGCAGAAUUGCAACGAGAUUGUCAGUACUCAUGGAUAUUCUCUGAAUCAAAUUGUGGUUUGGAGAUAUCCUAGCAUGAGCAAGGUCGUGACUCUCACGGGUCACACGUACCGAGUGCUGUACUUGGCCAUGUCACCAGAUGGAUCCACCAUUGUCACUGGUGCCGGGGAUGAAACACUUCGAUUCUGGCAAGUGUUUCCAGGACCACGGUCGGAUAGCAAGAACAGUUCCGGCGGACUUCUUUUCCCCAACACAUUGGGGUCCGUAAUUCGCUGAGCGAGCAAUGACUCGCCGACGGUACCUCAUCUCUGGUGUAGGCAGCUGGCGAUUUUAACAUCCAUCACGAGAAAACAAAAACUAUUAAGAAGUUUUACUGACAGCUAGCUCAUUAAAGUCAAAAUUCUAGUUGCUUUGCUUUCUAU